AUGCCUUACACCAGUGUGUCUAACAGGAGCAGGCCUUACACCAGUGUCAGCAGAUCCUCCACCAGUGUGUCUGACAGGAGCAGGCCUUACACAGGUGUGUCAGACAGGAGCAGACCUUACACCAGUGUCAGCAGAUUCUCCGACAGUGUGUCUGACAUGAGCAGGCCUUACACCAGUGAGCAGGCCUUACACAGGUGUGUCACACAGGAGCAGACCUUACACCAGCGUGUCACACAGGAGCAGGCCUUACACCAGUGUGUCACACAGGAGCAGGCCUUACACCAGUGUGUCACACAGGAGCAGGCCUUACACCAGUGUGUCACACAGGAGCAGGCCUUACCCCAGUGUGUCAGACAGGAGCAGGCCUUACAUCAGUGUCAGCAGAUCCUCCACCAGUGUGUCAGACAGGAGCAGGCCUUACAUCAGUGUCAGCAGAUCCUCCACCAGUGUGUCAGACAGGAGCAGGCCUUACCCCAGUGUGUCACACAGGAGCAGGCCUUACAUCAGUGUCAGCAGAUCCUCCACCAGUGUGUCAGACAGGAGCAGGCCUUACACAGGUGUGUCAGACAGGAGCAGGCCUUACACCAGCGUGUCACACAGGAGCAGGCCUUACACAAGUGGGUCAGACAGGAGCAGGCCUUACACCAGUGUGUCACACAGGAGCAGGCCUUACACCAGUGUGUCACACAGGAGCAGGCCUUACAUCAGUGUCAGCAGAUCCUCCACCAGUGUGUCAGACAGGAGCAGGCCUUACAUCAGUGUGUCACACAGGAGCAGGCCUUACCCCAGUGUGUCACACAGGAGCAGGCCUUACAUCAGUGUCAGCAGAUCCUCCACCAGUGUGUCAGACAGGAGCAGGCCUUACAUCAGUGUGUCACACAGGAGCAGGCCUUACCCCAGUGUGUCACACAGGAGCAGGCCUUACAUCAGUGUCAGCAGAUCCUCCACCAGUGUGUCACACAGGAGCAGGCCUUACCCCAGUGUGUCACACAGGAGCAGGCCUUACACAGGUGUGUCAGACAGGAGCAGGCCUUACACCAGCGUGUCACACAGGAGCAGGCCUUACAUCAGUGUGUCACACAGGAGCAGGCCUUACCCCAGUGUGUCACACAGGAGCAGGCCUUACAUCAGUGUCAGCAGAUCCUCCACCAGUGUGUAAGGCAGGAGCAGCCCCAACCCCAAUGUGACUGA